CUGCUGCACUUGAUAUUAGUCCAACUGAAGAUCAUAAUUUGCUGUAGUAACGUCUCUUCCCUCAUUCCCCUCCACAGACGGAUUUACACAGAUCUCGGUCAGACCAACAUCACUGACGAGAGACGAAAAGUCACCAUCUUGAUGCAAAGUGCUUUAUGGUUUAGGUGAGGAAGAUCAGCGCGAGGUUCAUGAACAUCGCAUAGAGAAGAGUAGGAAGUCGAUAAACUGCGAUAAGGGCUGUCGAUGCUACUUUUUUUUUCAGUGGGAAAACGAUGUCCACGCUAUCCCUGGUGGGAUCACACACAAGGAGGAAACAACUGAGGUCCACCAAGUGUCUUGCAGAGAUGAGAAGAAGAAAAAAACAUAGGCGCUACCGGACCCCUGUCUGUGUGGCUUCCGCAGCGUUAAACGUCGAAGCAGCUACCUCUGCUUACCACAAACACACGUCUCCGGUACGCUGCGCCUAUCAUUGCCCACACAGCGCAUAUAUGUGCGCAAUAUGUCGCUGUGCUAUCUGGGGAAUCAAGAAGCUGUAAACUUUCAGAGGAAGUGAACUGCCGACGGUUAGACAGAGAAGAAAGCAGCGAUGCCUGAGUCAAACGAGGAAGCUAAGAUUAUUCCCUACUGCAAAACACCAGUAUCCGUAGAGCGUGUAGUACUAUAUCUUCUGUGUGGUGUAUGUGUUCUAUGUCUUCUACUUGCUGUUCUUAUUACUUGUUUGGUAUGUCGGUGUGAUAAGGACCAUAGUCCUAGUUGCACUUUCUUAAAAGCUGCAGUGGCCGCAGACUCCGGGAAAUGUUCAGAGAUUGGACGGGACAUUCUUCGGAAAGGCGGCUCUGCAGUAGAUGCUGCCAUUGCUGCGCUGCUGUGCACCUCCAUCAUCAACCCACAGAGUGCGGGGAUCGGAGGCGGGGUCAUAUUCACUGUGAUGGACAGCUCUGGUAAAGUGAAAAUCAUCAACUCCAGAGAGACUGUCCCCAGGAAGGUGAACUCUGACCUGUUUAAGUCGUGUCGUAAAACCACAGAGUGGAGCAAGGAGUGGCUGGAAGAUAGAGGAUGGAUUGGGGUUCCUGGGGAAAUUCGAGGUUAUGAAGCAGCACACCGACUUUAUGGGAAGUUGCCGUGGGCCGACCUCUUUCAGCCGACCAUCAAAUUAGCCAGAGAAGGAUUCCCUAUUCCUUACUACCAAGGUCAACACAUCCCACGCAUUAAUAAUACGUCAAUACGGGAGUUAUAUUUAGACAAAAAUGGAAACCUGCUUAAGACCGGUGAUACUGUGAAGUUUGAGAAACUGGCUGACACUUUGGAGACGAUCGCAAACGAGGGACCAGAUGUGUUUUACAACGGAACAAUAGCAAAGAAUUUAAUCAGUGACAUUCAGGAUGCAGGAGGAAAACUCACACUGGAGGACUUGGCAUCGUAUCAAGCUAAUGUGACUGAUGCGUGGAAUAUUUCUUUGGGAGAGUAUAAGCUGUACUUCCCUCCGCCCCCUUCAGGGGGAGCCAUCCUCAGCCUCAUCCUCAAUAUCAUGAAAGGAUACAAAAUGAAUUCAGAACCUAAGACGACUGAUGAAAAGAUUUUGUUUUAUCACCGUUAUAUUGAAGCUUUAAAAUUUGCCAAUGGAUUAAAGAAAUAUAUCCGAGAUCCAAACUUCAGCUCAGAUAAAAUGGCAAAGAAUUUGAUAGAGGAUAGCUUUGCAGACAGCAAACGGAGCUUGAUCAGCAGCGACAAGACUCAUGAUCCCCAGUAUUACGGCGACACCUCACAUAUGGACAGCAUCGGCACCACACAUGUAUCUGUGCUGGCUGAAGAUGGAUCUGCUGUGUCUGUUACCAGCAGCAUCAACGACGAAUUUGGCUCCAGGGUCCUCUCUCCAAGCACUGGAAUCAUUCUCAACAACCAGCUGACUGACUUCUGUAAUAGAACUAAUAGCGUCUCUCCUGGGGAGCGGCCUCCCUCCAAUAUGGCCCCUUCUGUGCUGAAGUCUCCAUCGAAGACGCUGGUGAUUGGAGGGUCUGGUUCUGAAAUGAUUCCACCGGCUGUGGCCUCGGCGCUCAUGAACCACCUUUGGUUUGGAAAGAGCCUUAAGGAGGCAAUUAUUACUCCUGUUGUUUUUGUUGACUGUCAAAGUGAAAUAAAACUUGAAUCGAAGCUUGAAAAGGAUGUAGUUGAUGGUCUUGAAGCUAAGGGACAUAAAAUAGCAAAAUUCUACAACACAGUUAAUGCUGUGGAAAAGGCGGGCAGCUGUAUCUCUGCAUGGUCUGAUGAAAGGAAAAAAGGCAAAGCAGCUGGUUACUGAGACCAAGAGUCAGUGAUGUCAGUUAUAUAGCAUGGUCUUAAGGUUAUGGACACUGCUGUAGCUACAACAUUGGACAAUCUAUAUUCGUCUGUUAACUAAUAGAUCAUUCAUGCUUUACACAUGUGUCUAAAAAAGUUUGUUAUAUUGAAAACAUAAUGCGAUAAUCAGAUUAUUUAAAUCCAAUGUCACAUGCAAAAUAGUGCAAAGACAGCAUUGUAAAAACGAUGUUGUUGUUUUGUUUUUAAUUUCAGGGGUUGCUGUUGAUAUCCGGCUUUUUAAAAUAAAAAAUAAAAAAAUCAAUAUGACCUUUUAAAUAUUUGUUCAUUUUGGUUUUUGAUACACAGAAUAGGCUAAACAAGGUCACAGCUUUCAGGCUGAAAUGUGAAGCCCAUGCCUUUUCCUUCAACCUGCAUUCUUUCUAAGCAGCAGGCCAGCAGGACGAGACUGACUGCAGAAAUCUUUGGUUUUAUAAAAGAUUGUUGGAAAAAGAGCUACAGACUUCAUGUUCCAUUCCACCAGUAAACAAUUCAUAUUUUCAAGUCUUAUCAAAUUCAUGUUUAUUUUGUAAAUUUUAGCCCACUGGAUUGUCCAGAAGGGAGAUAAAAUAGGGCUUCCCUAAAGUGUACCCUAAGUUAUCAAUUGAUUUGUAAUUAAAAAAAAAAAAAGACCAGCAUAACCUGCAGUUACUGUUACAGGUAUGUCAGCAUCAACAAAGCUGGAACUCACAGACUGUUAGAGCCAAAUAGAAAGGUCAGUUUUUUAUUUGAAUAUUAGUAGCUACAUUUAAAUGCUUUUUAGUAUUGUUUUUUUUUUUUAUUCAGUUUGCGUAUUAAGAUUUUAUUUUAUUUUUUUUGCUUUAUUAGUUCAUCCUGCUAUUGUUGUGCUGUUAUAAAGUGUGGGUAAUUCUGCUGAUAUGGUCAGGGUAAAAGUUAAUCUGGCAAGCAGUUUGCGAAGCAACAGUUUGCCUUUAUAGUUGUUUAAUGUGUUUUACUGAUAGAUAUAGAUAACCCAGACUUGAACGGAUAUGUUUUAUUUUGAAACUCUCAAUUUUGUGUACAAUAAAGUCCUUUCUUCAGUG